AAAAAAGUACCUGCAACGUGACAAAAACACUAACUCCGAUGCAUCGUAGGAUUCUAUCAAAGAUUCGCUUCUCGCUCAACAGCUUUGCUGCCCCAGACGCCCGCCAUGAGUGUGGCAGUACACGAAUUGCUCAACAGAGAUUCUCUAGACACGUGCUCUCCGCCUGGAGGGUUUCCGGUUGAUCCCGAAGUCCUUUCUAAAUUUCCUGCUGGAACAAAGAUCCUCUCAGCCGUCCCGUUCGGGACGUCGGCCUGGACCAUCACGGCUUUACUGGAAGUUGAAUUGCCUGGAGGCUUCACAGAGCGUUACUUUCUGAAAUGUGCCAGCGAAGACUCUGGUCGUGCCCUCAUGGAAGGAGAGUUCCACGCCAUGUCUGCACUUUAUAUGGCUGCACCUGACUUCGUUCCAAAGCCUCAUUCGUGGGGAGAGUUUCGCACCAAGAAGCCGCGGACAUAUUUCUUUCUCUCUCAGUUCAUUGAAAUGAGUGACCGGGUUCCAGAGCCAAACCAGCUUUGCAAGAAGCUGGCGCGCUUGCAUCGUGAAAGCGUCUCUCCCACUGGAAUGUUCGGUUUCCACAUCAACACAUGCCAGGGCCGUUCAUCGCAGGAAGUGGGUUGGGAAACCAGCUGGACCUUGUGCUUUACAAAGAUGCUGAAUCACGUCAUACAGCUUGACACAGAGACCAACGGUUAUUGGGGGGAAUUCAACCAGCUUGGGCGCAGGAUCACGUCGCUUGUAAUCCCCAGAUUGAUUGGUGCCCUCGAGACUGAUGGAAGGAAGAUCAAGCCGUGUUUGAUCCACGCUGAUCUAUGGGAAGGCAACACCGGAACUUCAUACGAAACUGGCAAUAUCUACAUCUUCGAUGCUGCAUCCCUGUAUGCUCACAACGAAAUGGAAAUUGGCGACUGGAGGUGCCCAUACAACAAGAUCCACAACAAGAUAUACACCAAGACAUACCUGCGACAUUUUGGCCCGAGUGAGCCGAAGGAGGAAUGGGAUGACAGGAAUCGCAUGUAUUGCAUCUACUACAACGUUAUCUAUUCGGUCAACCACAUGAACCAGGGCAAAGCCGUGCGCCAGAGUGCCUACGAAGACAUGUAUAAUCUCAUCGAUAAGUAUGCACCAUUUGCCGAUAGAGAAGGCCCUCCAAGAUUAUCUACGGAUGAGAAGGUUUCUUUAUCAGCGGAACGAGACCAUACCGCGGCCUAAGGCUAGUUCUUACAG